AUGAUGAAUUUCGAUAAUCUCUUUCGAUGUUUUAUAUUAAUUCAAUCAUUUGUACGUGGUUGGAGAAAUCCAUUUCAUUUACAAGAAACUUUUACCUAUCGACGUGGAAAAAUUGGUGUCAGAGAUGAGUGUUUACAACUUAUACCAGCUGAAAAUAAACAAAAAGAUAAUCAAAAUUAUAUAAAUGCUCGAUUUCGUUCACCACUUGUCAAUUAUUUACCACAUUUGGUUCCAUCUCAAGUAGCUACAGCUCAUUUUCAACUUGUUCUAUCACAUGAUCAUCGUUUUGGUAUUGAUUCAAUUCCAAUAGGAAUUUGUUAUGCUGGAACAGGUGAUCAUGGUUUUAGUCGACGAAGGUUAUUUACUGCAGUCCCAUUAAUUAAUCAAUAUCCUAUAGGUUCAAUUCUUCUUGAAAAUUCAUAUUAUGGUUUAAGAAAACCACCAGAUCAAUCUCGUUCAUCAUUAUUGUAUGUUACCAAUUUAUAUAUCAUGGGUGAAGUACUUGUUUUAGAAAUACUUAUGCUACUUCAUUGGUGUCAAAAAAUGAAAUUAACACCAGCUAUUCUACAUGAUUUUUCUCUUGGUGGAUAUAUGGCUUCAUUAGCAUUUACAAAAUGGCCUGAUCCACCUUCUCGACGAUUCUAUGAAAAUAAAGCCUCUCAAACAUUUUAUGAUUAUUUACGUGAACGAAAUCAAUCAAUAGAUUCAAAUAAAAUUGUUCUCGAUCUUAUUAAAGAUAUGAUGCGUCUUCUUAUGGAUGAAUUUACAUCUUUACAUAAUCAUUCACGCCUAAUUCAAUCAAAUAUACCUAAUGUUAUGUUUAUUGCUUGUACACAUGAUGGUAUUUCACAUAUGAAUGAUGUAUGGCCUGGUAUUCAUAUCCGAUAUAUUCCUCAUGGACAUGUUAGUGCAUUUUUAUUUAAUCAAUCAGAUCUUCAUCAUGCUGCUGCUAAAAUGUUACAACGACAAGAACCAAAUGUAAAACUAAAAAAACAUCUAAUCAUGUCACCAAUUUCUGUCACUACACCUAAAAAUUCGUGA